UCAAAUUUCUGCCGUGCGUUUUAAGGAAAUUAGCUAGCAAUGAACGGUAAUGAAGAAGAAAAACGAAUAUUUACCACUAAAAUUCGAACCGGCAAGUGAAAUGAGAAUUUCUAGACAUAUAUUCCUGAAAUAUCAUUUCGACAUUAAAAUCCAAAAGGGACUAAUUUGUCAUUAACCAUGUUUCAAUUCUUGCUUUCAAAAACAGAAUAUUUAAUUUGCAAUAUAGAAUUGAGUAAUUAUGCCGCCCGAAGUGCCAUGUUCAUUUUGGAAGGGUAAAUAGUGUGAUUUCUUUGUCCAUCCAGAUAUCAAUACGCGGGCAUCAGCUCUUCGCUUAAAAGAAAUAUUCUCCGGAAAUGUGAUUUUAUCCGAGCUUUGAUGUCAAAAAGCUUUCAUUAACUUGAAUAUAUAGAGGAAAUAAAUCUCGCAAAAGCUGUCUCAAAAAAAAUCAAACAACUGAACGAAGAAAGAGAAUUGAAUCGCUGACUACCUCCGCGCGCGAAUUAUUUUCAGUAUGCCGAUCAAAGCAGACGGCGGGUUAAGAAAUUAAACCAUGCGGAAUUCGUGUUCGCACUGGUUUUUCAUUCAGUUGAUUUAGAUUUCGUAACAAGGCCCUUCUAAAUAAACUCAUUUCUAUUUGUUUACAUUUCGGUGGCUAGAAAAUAGCCUUUCAGCGAUGUGCAAGAAUUAAUUAUAUCCUUCAGUUUAAAUCAAGCUUUGACAAUGCGUGGUUUCUUCAAAAUUUGCGAGCUCUUCUUAAGGUUUUAGCGGCCACAGGUUCCCCAGCUUCAAGAUUUGAGACGAAGGAUGUCGUUUAAAGCUGAGCAGCGGUUUAAAAUUGAGGAUAAACUCACCGAAGAGCAGAUUGAAGAAUACCGAGAUGCUUUCAAGUUUUUUGACAAAGACGGCAACGGGUAUAUUACCACCCGGGAGUUAGGAGCUAUAAUGAGAUCCCUGGGGCAAAACCCCACGGAAAACGAGCUGCAAGACAUGGUCAACGAGGUGGAUUAUGACGGUAACGGCGUAGUGGAUUUUGGUGAAUUUGUAAACAUGAUGAUCAAUCAAAAUAACAACACGCUUGAUGAAAAAGAACUGCUGGAAGCAUUCAGAACUUUUGAUGGUGACGACAAAGGUUACAUAUUCUCUAACGAGAUUCGUUACGUGAUGCGGCACAUGGGAGAAAGUAUUCCAGAACAAGACAUCAACGAGAUAUUACAGGAUCAAGAAGAAAGUCGAAAACGAAAGAUCACAUUUGAAGAAUUUAUUAAACUGGUGAAGCCGGAGGUAUAAUCUUCACGUUGAUUCAUUUCGUCCACAACAUCAAUCACUCUCGGUUCAUGGCGGAAGUGACUCAAAUGAAGUAUUUCGCAUUUGGAAAGUUCCUUUGUUCACUCAUUCCUACAUUUUUGCUACAAAACCAGUUAACGGUGUUUAUUAUUGUUGCUGAAGUUGAAAAUAAUUGGUUCUUUUUAUCAGGAUCAAUGGUUUAUUUUAUUCAGAAAGCAAUACCCAGAGCCUGAAGGAAGAGUUUUAAAAUAAAGAUCAUCACAGAAACUAUCAUGUAAAUAAUAGUGAUACAAAUAGUUAUCAGUUAUAACUUCGAAAAGUCAAAAAGCAAAACGAUUUUUUUAUAUAUCAAUGGCAACCUAAAACUAAUGGGCUGAAAAGGCACCUGCUGAUAUAGUCUAUUUAUGUUACAAAAUACUACACCAGUACCCUAGAGGUAUAUACGAAAUGUCAUGUUAAGUGUUAAGUCACCACAAGGUUUAGUUUGCAGAUAUGAUCUCAAUUUGAAAAAGGAAAGGCUGAAUUUGAAAAAUCUUCCCUUGGUAUAAUAGCACAGUGGCUAAAAACCAAUUUACUUCUAGUGAUACUGUGGUUGCUGAGAGUUUUUCUUGUACAAUCACAUCCAUAAUGUCUCCCACCUUUCAAGAAAAAUAAAGAUCUAAAAAAAUACUUCCUGUGUGU